AUGCCGACAACGUCAACUUCAUCCAGCCCAAUCGUCUUCUAUGACAUCGCCACACGUCCCCCUGUCGAGAAAACCUGCUGCUCACCAAACCCUUGGAAAACCCGACUGGCACUCAACUUCAAGGGUCGCCCAUACUUGACUUCAUGGGUGGCUUUGCCCGACAUUUCCAAAAUCCGCAGCAGUCUCAAAGUACCACCAUGUCGCAAAUUUGCCGAUGGCACCGACUUCUAUACCUUGCCCAUCAUUGAGGACCCCGCCACUGAUUCAUUGGUCGGCGACUCCUUCGACAUCGCGGCCUACCUACAGAAGACGUAUCCGGAUUCUGGCGCCGGGGACCUUUUCCCCCCUCAGACGCUCGACUACGAAUUCAAGCACGAAUGGAUCCUUGUACCGCUGUCGGAUUGUCGUGACAGUGAAUAUCCUGAAUACGCCAAGUUCAAUGUGAACGUUGACGCAGCCUUCACCGCACACGUGCAGCUUACGGUGCAGGGUUUCCCGUUCGAUCCAGCUACUGAGGAGGCUGCCAAGGCGGAAUUCAUCCGUCGCGCUGGUGUUGCGCGCUGGGAGGACUUUGCCUUGGAAGGCGAGCAGCGGGAGAGGACGAAGGAGUCGUUUCGGAAUAUGCUGGGUGGUCUGGCUAAGCUGUUUUUGAAGGACACUAGUGGGCCAUUCCUACUCGGAACGAAGGCCAGCUAUGCAGACAUGAUCGUCGGUGCGUGGCUGCGGAUGAUGCACGCGACUAUUCCAGAGAGUGAAUGGGAGGAGGUGAGAAGUUGGCACGGGGGUCUUUUUGGGCAGUUGCAUGAUGCGCUGGAGGCGUAUGCGGAGGUUAAAUAG